GUACUAGGCCUGUGAGUUCGAAAGGACAGCAGUUUCCAGCAGACCAGAUGGCCUUCGAUCCAGUCUUCUCCGACGACGGCGAUAGCGCCGCCGCCGCCGCCUCUCGCGGCCGCUCCAUCUGCCCGCACGGCUGCGGCCGCCCGUCCCGCGUAUGCCUCUGCCCACACCUGCCCCCCUCCCCGAUCCCCACCUCCACGACCGUCGUCAUCCUCCACCACCCGCACGCCCUCCGCCGCAACCCGCUCUCCACGCUGCCCCUCCUCGAGCGCUCCCUCUCCAACCUCCACCUCCUCUCUGGCCGCCGCCUCCUCCCCUCCUCCACAACUCUCCUUCCACCUCCUUCCCCGAACGCCGUCCUCCUGCUCUACCCCUCACCCGGCGCCGCUGACCUGGCCUCCUGGUGCCGAUCCACGCCGCCCUCCGCGCGCGCCAGCCCCACCCUCCUCCUCCUCGACGGCACAUGGAGGCAGGCCAAGGAGAUGCACGCGGCAAGCCUCCCGUUUUUGUCAUCGUUGGGCGUGAUCCCCGUUGCCCUGCCCGUCGACAGCGGCGUGGACGGGGACAGCAUGUUCGAGUCGGAGCUCGUGGUGAAGAAGGAGCCGCACAAGGGAUGCAUGAGCACUAUGGAGGCAGUGGCGAGGGCGCUGCGGCUGCUGGAGCCGGAGGGGAAGGGCGAGGAGAUUGAGGAGGCAAUGCUGGGGGUGCUCCGGGCGAUGGUAGCCUUCCAGGCCGAGCAUUUGCAGAACCGGACAGUGAAGCCGAGAGUCAAGAUGAGGAAGAAGAAGGAACUCAAGAGGGAGGAUCAGCAUAGCAAUGCUAGACUGAUGUGAUCAAGGUGUCAUGGAUUCAUGUUUGCUCAUGGUGGAAUUUCUCAGCUUGGAGGCUAUCACCAAUUAACCAGAAUCAACAGUGAAGGCCUUAACCCAAAUGUUGUUUUCCAGCAGGUCAGAAUUAGUCACUCAGGACCAUAUAUGAAGAAAGGUGUGAUGACUGAAGAUCAACUUAAAAGGUAUCCACAAUGAGCUACUUCAAAUUCUACCAGGCAGAUCUUGAUUUGAAAUGAGAAACCUGAAACGACACAUCAGUUAGUCGCCGGAGUUUGAUGAGCCCAGAAAUGUGUUUGUCCUCACCACUUCCUGUAUCCCUUCAGUGGCUGUUCUUGAGUCCUACAGCACUCACCUUGGGCACCAAUAGAUGAUGCAGCAUUGUCCGAUGCAAUCAUGUCUUACCUUAGCCUUUUAGCAGUUACCCUGACAAAGUCCAUGGAAUUUAUGCCUUUCUAAAAUCUGAAAGGAUGAUCCGGUAUUAUCUGUGAAUCGCUGGAAUUUGUGUUUUUCCUGUCAGCUGUUCACGAACUUGGGAAGUAUGAAGAAUAAAAGGGCGAAAGCUGGAGAUACCUGUGGUCGGAGGCAAAUGUCCGACUUUGUAAUGAAAUGCUGAACCUGGCAAAACUAGGGCUAUGCAUAUCUGAAUAUUUGAUGCAGCCAGGUAAUAUGUUUUUUGAUAGUUCUGAUGCAAUUGGGGCCCUGUAAACAGCAGCUUUUUCUUGUGGUAUAAAUAAGUUGAUUUUGUUGCAUAUGAAAGCAAGAAAGAUUUACCCGACC